CUCUCCUCUCUCUCACAUAUGUAUUCUUGAGGAAAGUUCUCUGUGGCUUUCUCAGUUUUUACUUCUUUCCAGUUAGUUUUCUGAUUGAAUGUCUCCUUAGCCACACACACAGAUACUUUACACUUGGAACUAGCAAAGAAGAAUCACUAUAGUUGGUUCACAAUGGAACUUUGAUGCUUUCGGUUACUUGGUAACUUCAUAAUCUUCAUCCUCGUCUGUUAUUUGAAUGAUCGUUGUAGAUUCAUGAUUCGAAGAAUAAAGUUACUGUAAGGCUUUAGGAUUUUCGAAUUCGGACUUUUCUGAUGAGAAUUAGAUUGAAUUUUUGGGGGGUUUUAGGAAUUUGAGAUGUUGGAUGAAUUGGGUUUCUUAUGAUAUUUGAUUAUCUUCGUUUCAAAAUUACUUGGAGAAUUUCAAGAAUUUGGUCCACUGUUUGACUGUGGUUUGUGCCCUUUCUUAGUUUUAUGGCAAAAGGGUGCUACUCUAGAUACUGGAAGGUUGCUCUGUCUUUAAUUUAAGACAAUCAAGUUAUCCUAUCUAUCUCUCAUCAUUUAACUAGAACGAUUCUAAUCAGAGGUAGAGUAAUUUUUCCUUUGGGAUAUUCUAUAUGAUGCUAAUUAUUUGUACAAGCAGGUAAUUUAAACUGAGCUGAAGAUCUUCUAUAAGAAGAAUCUGAAGGAACAAUGGCUUACAAUCGACGAGGGUCUGACAACCAGCUGCCUACUGGGCGGCUGCUCCGGACUCAAACAGCUGGUAAUUUGGGUGGGGAGGCAAUGAUGGACAGUGAAGUGGUGCCUUCAUCUCUUGUUGAGAUUGCACCUAUUCUUCGUGUUGCUAAUGAAGUUGAACCAAGCAACCCAAGGGUCGCCUAUCUCUGUCGGUUCUAUGCAUUUGAGAAAGCUCACAAACUAGAUCCAACAUCAAGUGGUCGUGGUGUUCGUCAAUUCAAGACUGCCCUUCUUCAACGCCUAGAAAGGGAAGACAUAACUACAUUAGCAGGAAGAACAAAGAGUGAUGCUCGUGAAAUGCAGAGCUUUUACCGGCAUUACUAUGGAAAGUACAUUCAAGCUCUGCAAAAUGCUGAUAAGGCUGACCGUACCCGUCUUACAAAAGCUUAUCAAACUGCUGCUGUUCUGUUUGAGGUCUUAAAGGCUGUCAAUCUGACAGAAUCUGUUGAUGUGGCACAAGAGAUUUUGAAAGCACACGAUGAGGUUGCAGCGAAGACAGAAAUGUAUGCUCCUUAUAAUAUACUUCCACUUGAUCCCGACAGUAAAAAUCAAGCGAUCAUGAGAUAUCCAGAGAUACAAGCUUCCGUCACUGCUCUCCGUAAUACCAGAGGUCUGCCAUGGCCUAAAGAGCACACGAAGAAAGAAGAUGAAGACAUUUUGGAUUGGCUACAGGCUAUGUUUGGUUUUCAGAAAGAUAACGUAUCAAAUCAAAGGGAACACUUGAUCUUGUUAUUGGCAAAUGUUCAUAUUCGACUCCGAAAGCCUGGACAAGAACCUAAGUUGGAUGAUGGUGCGGUUGAUGAAGUUAUGAAAAAACUUUUCAAAAAUUACCAGAAGUGGUGCGAAUAUUUGGGUCGCAAACAUAGUCUUUGGUAUCCAAAUAUUCAAAAAGAAGUGCAACAAAGGAAACUGUUAUACAUGGGUUUGUAUCUUCUCAUAUGGGGUGAAGCUGCAAACUUGAGAUUUAUGCCGGAAUGCCUUUGCUACAUCUAUCACCACAUGGCAUUUGAAGUUUACGGUAUGCUGGCCGGGAGCGUCAGUUCCGCGACUGGUGAGAAUAUUAAGCCUGCCUAUGGGGGUGAAAAGGAGGCAUUCUUGAGGAAAGUCGUGACUCCUAUCUACGAUACAAUUGCAAAGGAAGCUCAUAAAAGCAAAGGAGGAAAGACAAAACAUUCUCAAUGGAGAAAUUAUGAUGAUCUAAAUGAGUAUUUCUGGUCAGUCGACUGUUUCCGUAUUGGAUGGCCAAUGCGUGCUGAUGCUGAUUUCUUUCAUGUGCCUCAAGAAGUUAAAGAUAAUGAUGUGGAAAAACCUAGCAGAGGUCGUUGGGUAGGGAAGAUAAAUUUUGUGGAGAUAGAUUCAUACUGGCAUAUAUUUAGGAGUUUUGAUAGGAUGUGGAGCUUUUACAUUUUGAGUUUACAGGCAAUGAUCGUUAUAGCAUGGAAUGGAUCCGGUAAACUAAGUUCUAUCUUUGAUGGAGAAGUGUUCAAGAGAGUGUUGAGCAUCUUCAUAACAGCAGCAAUUUUAAAACUUGCACAAGCUGUGGUUGACUUGGUGAUGAUGUGGAAAGCAAGGUUCAGCAUGUCAUUUCAUGUCAAGCUCCGAUAUGUUUUGAAGACUUUUGCGGCAGCAGCUUGGGUUAUAGUUUUACCAACAACAUAUUCUUAUGGUUUGGACAAUCCUUCUGGACUUGGAGAGACCAUGAAGAACUGGUUUGGCAAUGGACCAAGUUCCCCCUCUCUCUUCAUUUUGGCAAUUGUUGUUUACUUGUCUCCCAACAUGCUUACUGCAUUAUUAUUUCUCCUACCAUUUAUCCGUCGGAGGCUAGAGAAAUCUGAUUACAGAAUUGUGAGGCUCAUCAUGUGGUGGUCGCAGCUUCCACUCUACGUCGGAAGGGGAAUGCAUGAAGAUACUCUUUCCCUUAUCAAGUACACAUUUUUCUGGAUUGUCCUCAUAGUGGCAAAGCUAGCUUUCAGUUACUACUUAGAGAUAAAGCCUCUAGUGGGUCCAACGAAAGCAAUUAUGCGAGUUCAUGUAAGACGUUAUCAAUGGCAUGAGUUCUUUCCCCAAGCAAGAAACAAUCUUGGUGUUGUCAUUGCGCUCUGGGCUCCUAUUAUUCUUGUCUAUUUUAUGGAUACCCAAAUAUGGUAUGCCAUCUUUUCCACAAUAUUUGGUGGUUUCUAUGGUGCAUUUCGGCGUCUUGGAGAGAUACGAACUCUGGAAAUGUUGAGAAGCCGGUUUGAGCAACUGCCACUUGCUUUUAACAAAUGCUUAAUUCCAGCAGAAAAGGGUGAAAGGGCCAAAAAAGGACUUAAGGCUACUCUAUCACGCAGAUUCACGAAGGUCACAUCUAACAAAGAGGAGACGGCAAAGUUUGCUCAGAUGUGGAAUCAAAUAAUUAAAAGCUUCAGGCUUGAGGAUUUAAUAAAUAAUAGGGAAAUGAACCUAUUACUCAUGCCAGACUGCGCAGAUCUUGAUUUGGAUCUCAUUCAGUGGCCUCCAUUUUUACUUGCUAGCAAGAUUCCUAUAGCGUUGGAUAUGGCAAAAGAUAGUAAUGGAAGGGACUCUGAACUGCAAAAGAGGAUGAAUUUUGACAGUUAUAUGCGCUAUGCGGUUCGGGAGUGCUAUGCGUCAUGCAAAAAUAUUCUGAAUUUUCUGGUUUUGGGGGAUCGUGAGAAGGCUGUUCUAAACGAGAUAUUCGCCACAGUUGAUGAUCACAUAGAGAAGGGAAAUCUGUUAAGCGAGCUUGAUAUGAGGCACCUGCCUAGCCUCACUGAGCAAUUUCUUCAGCUUAUUAAGUUUUUGAUAAAAAAUGACAAAGGUGACAAGGAUGGCGUUGAAAUUGUGUUACUUAACAUGCUGGAGGUGAUGACGAGAGACAUAAUAGUAAACGAAUCAAUUUCUAGUUUGACGGAAUCAAGCCAUGGUGGUGCUUAUGGAAAUGCUGAAGGUCCACAGGAUAAACUCUAUCAGAAGUUCUUUGGAAAACUUAAUUUUCCUGUUACAAAGGAAACAGGACCUUGGAAGGAGAAAAUAAGAAGGCUUCAUCUCUUGCUCACUGAAAAGGAAUCUGCUAUGGAUGUGCCAUCAAACAUAGAAGCCAGAAGGCGUAUCUCUUUCUUCUCAAAUUCAUUGUUUAUGGAUAUGCCUGUCGCACCCAAAGUCCGAAACAUGAUAUCUUUCUCGGUUCUUACUCCUUACUUCGAAGAGGAUGUCCUUUUCUCCAUGGAUACCUUGCGACAGGAAAAUGAAGACGGGGUUUCCAUUCUCUUUUACUUGCAGAAAAUUUACCCAGAUGAAUGGGACAAUUUCCUUGAGCGGGUACCUUUCACAAGUGAAGAUGAACUGAAAGUUGCUCCAGAUAUGGCGGACGAACUUCGCCAUUGGGCAUCAUAUAGAGGCCAAACGCUAACUAAAACUGUUCGAGGCAUGAUGUACUAUCGGCAAGCAUUGGAACUUCAAGCUUUCCUUGACAUGGCAAAAGAUGAGGAGUUGAUGAAAGGUUACAAGGCUGCUGAAUCUAAUACCGAAGAGCAUUUAAGCAAUGAAAGAUCAUUAAAGACACAAUGCCAAGCAGUGGUGGAUAUGAAGUUUUCUUAUGUGGUAUCUUGCCAAAAAUAUGGCCUCCAGAAACGAUCAGCAGAUGCUCGUGCCCAUGAUAUUCUGAGGCUCAUGACGACGUAUCCUUCUCUUCGUGUUGCCUAUAUUGAUGAGGUUGAAGAAACCAGCAAUGAAAAAUUGAAAAAAGUGGUUGACCAUGUUUCUUAUUAUUCAGUUCUUGUGAAAGCUGUACCGAGGUCUAGUGACUCCUCUGACCUUGUUCAAAACCAAGAUCAGGUUAUAUAUCGUAUAAAACUUCCAGGACCUGCCAUAUUGGGUGAGGGAAAGCCGGAGAACCAAAAUCAUGCAAUAGUUUUUACACGUGGAGAAGGCCUGCAAACAAUAGAUAUGAACCAGGACAACUACAUGGAAGAAGCUUUUAAAAUGAGGAAUUUGCUUGAAGAGUUUCUUGUCACACAUGGUGUCCGGACCCCUACUAUACUUGGGCUUAGGGAGCAUAUAUUCACUGGCAGUGUUUCUUCUCUUGCAUGGUUCAUGUCAAAUCAGGAGACAAGUUUCGUAACCAUUGGACAAAGAUUGUUGGCUAACCCGUUAAAAGUCAGAUUUCACUACGGGCAUCCAGAUGUGUUUGAAAGACUGUUUCACUUGACCAGAGGGGGUGUGAGCAAGGCUUCUAGGAUCAUUAACCUGAGUGAGGAUAUAUUUGCAGGUUUCAAUUCUACAUUACGUGGAGGAAAUGUUACUCAUCAUGAAUACAUACAAGUUGGUAAAGGAAGAGAUGUCGGUCUCAACCAGAUCUCAUUGUUUGAGGCAAAGAUAGCCAAUGGAAACGGGGAGCAGACAAUGAGUCGUGAUAUAUAUAGGCUUGGACACCGCUUUGAUUUCUUUCGCAUGCUCUCUUGCUAUUUCACCACUGUGGGAUUCUAUUUUAAUACAUUGCUAACUGUGAUUAUUGUAUAUGUCUUCCUCUACGGCCGCCUUUAUCUCGUUCUCAGUGGAUUGGAGAGAGAGUUGAGUACUAAUAGGCAAGUUGUGAAUGAUAAACCCCUUCAAGUAGCUCUUGCUUCACAGUCUUUUGUUCAAAUUGGCUUUCUUAUGGCAUUGCCAAUGAUGAUGGAAAUAGGACUCGAAAGAGGGUUUCAUAGAGCAUUUACCGAUUUUAUCCUCAUGCAACUACAGUUGGCUUCUGUGUUUUUUACCUUUUCUCUUGGAACAAAAACCCAUUAUUAUGGAAGAACUUUGCUUCAUGGGGGUGCACAAUACAGAGCCACAGGCCGUGGAUUUGUUGUGUUUCAUGCGAAAUUUGCUGAGAACUACAGACUCUAUUCUCGAAGCCACUUUGUCAAAGGAAUUGAACUUCUGAUCUUACUUGUUGUAUAUGAAAUUUUUGGUCAAUCUUAUAGAGGUUCACUUGCAUACAUAUUGAUUACAAUAUCAAUGUGGUUUAUGGUCGGAUCGUGGCUAUUUGCUCCCUUCCUUUUCAACCCCUCGGGGUUUGAAUGGCAAAAAAUUGUUGAUGAUUGGACAGAUUGGAGUAAAUGGAUAAGUAACCAUGGAGGAAUUGGUGUCUCUGUUGAUAAAAGUUGGGAAUCUUGGUGGGAAAAAGAACAAGAGCAUCUUAUAUCUUCGGGGGUAAGGGGUAACGUUAUGGAGAUCUUGUUGGCGCUUCGGUUUUUUAUUUAUCAGUUUGGACUCGUGUAUCACCUCAGCUUAACGGAUAGCAAAAGUUUUCUGGUUUAUGGAAUUUCAUGGCUUGUGAUCAUUGGAGGACUGGUUGUGAUGAAGGCAAUGUCAUUUUGGAGAAAGAAAUUGAGUGCGGAUUAUCAGCUUAUGUUCCGGUUGAUUCAGGGAUUUAUCUUUGUUGCAUUUAUUUCAACUCUGAUUACCUUGAUUGCGCUACCUCAUAUGACAGUGAAAGAUAUAGUAAUAUGCAUCCUUGCAUUCCUGCCAACCGGCUGGGGACUGCUUCUGAUUGCACAAGCUCUGAGACCAUUUCUGCGAGGAUCUGGAAUUUGGUCUUCAAUCAGAACCUUAGCACAAUACUACGAAAUCAUCAUGGGGUUACUUCUUUUCACCCCAGUUGCAUUUCUCGCUUGGUUCCCAUUUGUGUCGGAGUUCCAAACACGAAUGCUCUUCAACCAAGCGUUCAGCAGAGGUUUGCAGAUUUCUCGUAUUCUUGGAGGACAAAAGAAAGACCGAUCAUCCAACAGCAAGGAAUGAUGGAUCUUCCGCCACAAACGUAAAUAUGUAUUCGUUUUGUUCAUAAACUCGGGAUCUUCAUACGUGUGUAAUGCAAAAAGUUCACAUAGGAUACAUGUGUGAAUAAUUAUGUAAAUGAUGCUUGGUUCUGGAACAAAACGUAUAGUAAUCUUAAGCCUUUCUUCUAUUCU